AUGACAAGAAUGUCUCAUCUUCCAAGAGAUUUGGUAGAAGAGAUACUCUCUAGGGUUCCGAUGACAUCUCUGAUGGCAAUACGAUCCACUUGCAAAGAGUGGAACGCUUUAUCGAAAAGUCGGAUCUUUGGUAAAAAAGCAGCAAGGAAGCAGUAUUUUUUAGGGUUCAUUAUGAUGGAUUAUAGGGUUUGCUCGUUGAAAUUCGAUUUCCAAAACUUGGUUGAUCCACUUAGUAUAAAGAAAGUAGGAGGUAUACUUAACCAAGUCGAGAUAACUAAAGUCUUUCAUUGUGACGGCUUACUCCUAUGCGUCACUAAGGACAACUCAAGGCUUGUGGUAUGGAAUCCCUAUUUGGGGCAAACUAGAUGGAUCCAACCUAGAAUUAACUUCCACAGCUUAGACAGGUAUGCUCUCGGAUAUGACAAGAACCGUAACCACAAAAUCUUGAGGCUUUUCCGUGAUACAGAUAGCAGAAGCCAAGUUUUGUGUUAUGAAGUCUACAAUUUUAGCUCUAAUUCAUGGAAGGUUUUUUAUGACACUGCCGACUGGGAUAUAGAGUUACGUCAACACGGCGUGUCUUUGAAAGGAAAUACAUAUUUCUUGGCUGAAAAUAAAAUAAGAGGUGCAAGAAUGGAAGAGAUACAGAUUCUACUCCCUUUUGAUUUUACAAUGGAAAAAUUUGGACCACCGCUGCCUCUGCCGUUUCCCUCCUUUGUUUCAGGGAGGUUUAAAUCUAUAUCUUGUGUCAGAGACGAGCAGCUUGCGGCAUUACAUCUAAACUGGCGGAAGUAUCCUCGUCCCACAGUGGAGAUUUGGGUUACGAAUCAAAUUAGUCUCGGUUCAGUGUCGUGGAGCAUGUUUAUGAGUCCGACCUCUAGUUGUGGCGCCGUUAGUAAUCUAGCUGGGAGUUUCUUCAUUGACGAGGAGAAGAAAGUUGCUGUGUUUUUCGGUCAAGACAACAAAUUUCAACUGACCAAGACCCGUUGCAACCAAACAGCCAACAUAAUUGGACAAGAUGGAUACUUCAAAUCUGUGAAUAUCGGAGAGGCUCCAAAGAUCAUACAACGUAACAUAUUUGGAGAUAUUGAUUCGAUCAUAUAUUGUCACCCACUUGUGUGCUCUUCUUCUUAUGUUCCAAGUUUAGUGGACCUGCAAAUCAACCAACCUCAGCCUCAGGUCAUAAGGAAAGAUAUCGAUUCUUAUCAUCUAAAUUUGUAA